GCACUCCUGCUAUUCUCGUUUUUUGUUACUGUAUGUUCUCUGGCAAUAGAACAGAGAUCAUGCGUCUCGUCAACCGUAGUGGCUGUUUCGCAACAAGUGUCGAAUCCUCAUUACUUCUGUGCCUGGUAUUUGAAGGAAACCAGUUCUCCAAUCCCAAGCAUCAACGUGAACGCCUUACUAUCUGCUUGCAAAUGCAUUACCAGUGUUGAACCAGCGGGUGCGGAAGAAAAGAAUCUGGCAGCCAUUGCCAACGCAGCACGCCUCCACAGCUUCGUCAGCGCAACAUGCCCAAGUCCAUCUGCCAAUCUCAUCAGCAAGGAGUUCGAGGACCCCUCUGCUUUCUGCAAAUUCNNUUCGGGUCUUUCGAACGACAUGACUCGCCUGUACCCAAUUUCAAUACGCCCGCUGUGCUACAAGCGUGCAGGUCAAGAGAUCCUCCGUCACAGUCAAAUCAUCGACAAGGUUGUCUGUGAACAGCAAUUUAUCGAAAAAGUCUACUUCAAGCAGAAUCUCAUCCUCGCUGAAAACUCGGUUGAGCUCGAUCUCAUCCUCGACAAAGACUUCUUCAAUGAGAACACCAUCAUCGGCCAAGGCUUCUGCGACUUUGUUCCCACUUACCAAACCAUCGUUGUCUUCUACAAAGUCAUCGUCAAAAACCGCUAG